AUGCCGCAGCUCCCGGCUCAGCUGUGGGAGCCAGCCCAUCUAGCCCUAUGCGCUGAGUGCAAGCGGCUCGGUCAGGCGGACACGCUCGCCAUCCUACAGUGCGCCGACCGCGUUGGCCUCAUCGCGCUGCCCCUCUGUCGGACUCUCGAAUCCGGAAAGGCACGCCGUGGACGUUUCAUCACGACAAACGUCGCUAGCUGCGGAAAACGGUUCCAUUGUCCGUAUCGCGCCGUCGUACUCACCCAGGACGCGUUAGCGGAGGCUCUGCAAGUCGGCUCUCCCACUCCUAUCGAGGUCUUCCUCCUCCGCCACGACUCAAAACUUCCUCCGAGACCUAGGGGCACGUUCUCGCACUUCGGGGUUUGUCUCUGGCCUGAAUGGUACAGCAACGAUGCGCUCGCCUCCUUCCACAUCGCCCCUCGCAGUAUCAAAGUACUGGCUACCCUUGGCGUAACCCUAUCGCCCUUACACAUCCAACGCGCGGAGGAAGAGAUUACAUUGACGACCACUAUUCAAGUCGCCUGCGCUAGUAAUGCCGAAUACAGGCGUCAGGAAGGCGGUGUCGUCCAAACUAUACGAGUACAGCUUGUCCUCACACGACUUAACGGGACGAUGAAGGAUACCAUGGCACGCUUUACGAUCACGAACACCGACCAUGCACCGUCCCGCGAUUCGACCUCUGCCAGCUCUCAGCAUACGUCUUCGCCCGGGCAUAACCCCGCGGACAAGAAUACCUCGCUACUGUUCCAUAGCGAAGAAAGUAGUACCUCUGAAGUAUACUCGAGCGGGAACUCGACCGACACGAUCGCCAGUGCGGACUUUCUAGUCCCCUCGAGCCUUGGCUGGGAGGGCGCUUCCUGCGAGACCCGACUCCUGCGGGUCGCUCUAGAGCUCCCGGUGGAAGGCAACAUGCUUCGCCACCACAAAGACUUAUGGCUCUCCGUCGAGGUCUCGGAACCGCAUCGACUCUCCCGGAACCGCAAUGGGAGCCCCUGCAGUCGCACGCUGCUUACCAACGACAUGAGCGACGACGAGGCGUCUCUAGCUUCCGAUGACGCUACCCCGUUGUUGCAGUCCGAGCUUUCCAUAGCUUCCAAACCCUCGGAACGAUCUGUCCUCGCGACACCUCCGCCAACGGCCGCUACAUACGCCCCCAUUCAAGCAGUACCAUCGGAGACUGUCUUCCCCUCAGAGGCCGAUCGUAUGCAGCCGCCGGUAGGGUGCGCGUGUGCGGUUCCCCUAGGAUACGGAAACACUACACAUGAUGUCCUUGCUCGGCCGGGCCCUGGGGCAAGCAUGUCAUUCGAGGUGCCUCCGUUCAAUCCGGGUAUCGUCACCUGGGAGUUGGAGGCGUACGGAAGCUCUGCUUUCUGCGGUGCUGCUCCGGAGAUGCCUAUGGAGCUGGACUCGGCGGAGGAUACGUGGAGGCACGAUGUGCAGGCAGCGAAUUCGCACGAGGACAACAUAGCCGCGUUGCGGUACGAGAACGACGCGCUGCGAGCGCAGAUCGCCCGCCUGUCGUCGCAGAUGCAGGAUGUCGUUUUGAACAUGUCCGCGGUCUCCGCGCGCCUCGACGCUCUGCCCAGCUCACAAGAUGUCGUGUUCCAGCCCAAGGCUCCAUCGCCUCUCCCGGAGGGCAAGAUCGAUGACGAGAAUACAGCGGAGAGCGCGUGCUCACCGUCCCCGGUGAACUCGGAUGCUGAUCUCCUGGCAGCCGCGAUGCUGAAAGGGAAGCGGAAGGCAUCCAUCCCAGUCCUCGUAGACGAGGAUGAGGUCGAGUAG